CGAGCAGCAGCGAUCACAGACGCAAGACGCGGAGGAAGCCGUGAAAAUAUCCGAAAUCUGAUUCUCGCCGUUUCCCGACCGAUACGUUUCCCCCAGUUGAACAGGCAGAGGAAAAAUAACGGCCGCAGUCAUGUACCUGAAGGUGGUGUUUUUCGCUGUAGUUGUGGCUCUGAUUGGCGCAUCAGCCGCAUCAGACUCAGAUGGAUGUUCCAACCUGUCAUGUGCUUCAUGUGCAACCACUAGCGACUGUGUUUGGGUCAACUGCACAACAUCAUCCUUCGGCUGUCGCAACAGUACUCUUUUGGCCGCAAACGACACCUGCGUCAACGCUACCUGCUCAGCUGUUCAAAGCACAACAGCCCAGGCUUCAACUGUCUCUGCACCUUCGACUGCUUCCCAUGCUCCUACAGUCUCUACUGUCCCUGUUGUCACCACCACCACCUCUAACAGCAGCAGCACAGUCACAGACAAUUCAACCACCAUUGCCCCCACUCAUAGUAGUAACAGCUCCACGGCUACAUCCACUACUUCAACUGGAACCAGCACAACUACCACAGCAAUGACCCCCACUCCUGCCCCCCACAAGAACUCCACCUUUGACGCUGCAAGCUUCAUUGGCGGAAUAGUGCUGGUCCUGGGCCUGCAGGCUGUGAUCUUCUUCCUCUACAAAUUCUGCAAGUCCAAGGACCGCAACUACCACACCCUUUGAAGCAGCAUCUCUGUCGGAUCCGCACAGCACUCGACCCGUCCCCUUUUAGAGAAGAGUCCCCGCUCAGCACGCACUCAUCACGACAAACUCAAACAGUGAUUCCAAGCAGGUUUUUGUUUUUGUUUUUUUUGGGGUUUUUUUAUAUUUGGUGUUUAUGCCACUUGUGGUUUCGGCCCACAUUACUUCUGCUGUUGUAGUCUGUAUUAAGGCACCCAUGCAUGCCUGUAUGUAUGAUAAUUCACAUCACGCCGACUUGUACAACAGAACAGAUCUCAUGUGAGAUGGCAUUUAAGCCUUGAGCAUAUGGAUUACAUCAUCUGGUAACUGCGCCCCCACCUCCAUCAUGCCAUUAGUCAUCUCUCGAAGACCAUUUUCCAGCAAAUUGAGGGGGUUGGUGUUAUUUACAGCCCCUCUGCUCACCACAUGAGAGCUAGAGAUUUAGUCAUGUAUACAGAGCAGCUUUCCUGUUGAUGCUUGGGAGUAGUACAGCUGCAAAGUGGUAGCAUUCACAGGAUUUUUUUCUUUUUUUUUUUGGUUUUUAAUCUUGAUUUGGAAACACUGUUUGAGUUCACAGCUAUUCUUAAAUGUGACGACCGUGAUGAUUCAGUAUUGCUUUUAGCCUGCUGAAUCGUGGGCAGGCUCCCUCUCCCCCAUGCAGCUGUAUCAUGUAUAUGUGUACGCAGAUCAUGUAAAAGAGAUGGGGUUACUUAGGAGGGAAUAAAAGCAGCACCCAAUCAUCUAAAGUCAGACUGAAAAAAUAGCAGUCCUUCUGGUAUAUAGUCUUAUUUUGGCAUUUAGGAAUGCUGUGCGUUUUCUGCUGUUGAAUUCCUGGGGGAAAAUCUUUCACCCAAUACAAGUUGUUAAAAAAAAAUGUCCAACACCAACUGCCAGCUGAGCAGCUCAAUGCAAUAACUCAUAUAUUAAGUUCAUUUCCCAACCAUUAAUCUCUCAGCUGUGAUUUCUGAUCUUUACUGACAUCAACUCUUACCCACACGGAUUGCUAACGCGGAGCGGUCCCUUCCUUUCUGUAGAGUAGUUAAAAAGGGUGAAAAUGAACGAUUGUAGAAUAUUUCAGAAAUAUGAAUAAGUAAUUUGUUUAAAUAAUUUAUAAAAUAGAGAAUGGUGGAGACAAAGAAAAUGGCAUGCACCUUUCUUGAUGUGGACAGUGAUAGCAGUGAAGUGCCUUUAAUGUCCAGUAUGACUUAAAGUGAAAAAUGAAAGAGGAUGAGUAUUUUCUUCCUGGUUGAGGCCCUGAGUGUUGUCAUUAGUUUAGGUUUGUGAGAAAGAAACGGUAUCGCGGUGCUGAUAUUGGUGAACAGUGAGAGCCGUAGUAUUCCAGCUGGACUGAAGAGCUUUUUAUUGUUGAAGAAUACGGUGGGUAGUUAUCACUCGAGGGCCUUGAUCAGUCAACAUCGAAGUUUUUCCCUGUAAGUAGAGGACUAUAUUCAGAGCAUGAAACCAAUGGUCUUCUCACUGGUGACCUUGCUGAAAUAGAUCAUUUAAAGGUACUCUCCUUUUUAUAGCUCCCAAUACGACUUCCAAUGUCCUCCCAUCUCACUGUUGAUGUUUCAGAACUCAGUUGUAAAUUGUGUUUCAUUUCAAAACAUGAACAAUGAGCUGGCAGGAAAUUUCUGCCCGCUGUUAGGUGCUACAAAUCUGGGAGUGUACCUUUUUAAAGAAAUGGCAAGCAUAUUGGGCUUAAUUUAGAAUUUGAGUGCCGGAGAGUUUGUUGAGGUAAAAAUGUCGGACUGCUUGAGUGCCGGUUUGGUCAAAUGAGCAUUGCACCUCUGAUUUCUGAUUUUGCUGUGUAAGUGAGAGGAUUGCGAAUGGAGUGCAGAAUUGCAACAACCAAGUGGCCAUGCUAGAGCUCAUGUUCUCUAAUUAGCUUGCUGCUAAUUGUGAUAAUUUUUUUUUUUCCAUUUUGUCUCUCCUGUACAUAGACAAGUCCUGUUUUUGUUUAUCUUCUAGGUUUCGACUUGAGGAAAGGCUAAAUGAAGGAGUGUUUAUCAGAACAUUUUGCUUGUAACAGCUUGUCAGUGUAAAGAAUGUUUUGUUUAAAGGCCUUUUUGUCAUUAUUGCAUGCUGGAUGCUUGGAGUGGUGAUUUCUCCUCCCAUUGCAAACCCACCUUAAGGGUUUAGACACACUUAAAAACCACUUGAUUAUUUGUGAGUAGCCCAUAUGCUAGUUGAAAGAAUGCCUUGAAACAGUGUGCAUUAAGCCAAAGUCCUCAAUAUUGGCAUGGAAAUUGAGCAUUGCACUGACAAGCUUUGUUUUGUAACUUUGUCUUUGUAAAUGUUUUCAUGGUUCAGCCAAAAAAAAAAAAAAAAGAAAAGAAAAAAAUCAGAUGCUUGUAUAAAUACUCAGUCUUGAAUAUUAACUAGAUAAUGGAUGAAUAAUCACUUUGUUUUGUAUGACCACAAACAGUUGGAAGUUCAUGAGUGCAGAUAUUUUUUUUUUUUCCUGUUUGUUUUGGCUUGCGUAAUCUAGGAUUACAUGUUUUCUGCUGCUCACCAUUAACACGCCUUCUAACCUACAGUCACCUGGUGGCAUUAGGCUACAGCCCAAAGACCCAAGUAUGGCGGGUAGGCUACAGAGUUUUUGCCUUAGCUGCACGCAUUUGUUCAUUCUCUGCAUGAGGAGUCCCUUCACCCCGAAUUUAGAGUCAUCUCUUGAGUUUUAUUCACAGAUAUUGAGUGGUACCCUGUGUGCCCACUGAAUCCAGUCAGAGCGCUCUCUGCUUCCGACAUGGUAGCUGCAUUCCUUAACAACACAGAUUCACAUGUUGACAUUGUGGUGUGUCAAAACACCUCUGGUAUCCACGGAUACCAACAGAUGUCCAUUGUGUUGCCUCUCUGCAGCUUCUCCAACAAGUUACUCAGUCCCUGCACCUCUUAAGGAAAAGUGCCUUAUUCAGUUAAUAUCCAUAUAUAGUUGUAGUUUGUAAGAUGAUAUGCCACACCUAUUAAAUAUCAAUGGGACUCAGCACUUUCAGACCCCUGUGAAGUGGUUUCCUGUGUCGUGUUCUGCUUAGAUGUCUGUUUUGUCACGCUCAGCCUUAACUUCUUGGUCAAAUCCACAGAUCAUUUGCUAGUGAUAAGUUGUCUGAUCAAUCACCAGGCUGCUUUGAAAGCAAAAUAUUUGUCAGAUGUACUCUGGAUACUGGCAUUUCAGCAGCAUUUAAAUACCAACAUUUUAACCACUCACACAGUAGAAUUAUAGGUGUUAUGUGUAAUGCUGCCAAACUGACCAGCCAUUGUUUGGUAUCAACUAGAUUUGGCCUGGUUGUAGCUCGGACAACUCAUCACUAGCUCAUUGUGGUAAAAUAACUCAUCAGUAAUGUUGUAACCACAACCACAGAUCUUGAGUGUUCUUACUUCAACAUUUCCUCUGUAAUGCAAACACUCACAUGAUAACUUGAACUCCACUUUGGUUGUAAUUUUCAAUUGUUGCGUUGAACAACUUAUUUUCUCUCCUGUAGGAUUUUAAAUUCAAAUUUGCUUGGUCAUGGAGGGCUCUCCUAUCAGUUUUCAGCCUUGCAGUGUUCACUUCCAAGAGCGAUGAGUAAAAAGCUUUUUGAUUCCCUCCUUUGCCUUGUGGCUUUAUUGCUAUGUGCACACACUGUAGUGCCAUACUUUUUCUUUCUUUCUUUUUUUUUUUUGUACCAGUUGUGUUACAGGCCAUCAGUCUUGUAGGUACGAGUUUUUGGCUUUGCUCCCACCCCACCUUAACACAUCCACACAUCCACACACACACACACAGCCAUAUGUAGACACUUGCAGGUGCCACAUUGCCUCCUGAAAUCUUACGUGCUUAUUUUGCCCCCCACCCCCCAGCGCCUCCCCUCCCAUUUUUUCCAAAACCUUUUUAUUUUUUUGCCUUGUUUUCUAGUGUUGCCUUUAGUUUCACAAUGUUAAACCAAUAAAGUUUGAAUAUUGUUAAA